AAGAAAAAAAAAAACUACACAGCUAUCGCAUGCUCAGCCCACAAAGAGAAAUAGUAUUGGAGAGGCAGGGCAGCGGGGCAGAGGUGCAGAUGAAAAGAGCCGAGAGAAAAUACUUCUUCAAGCUCUAAUAUACAACUACCAGACCUCCAAAAUAAAAAUGAAUGGACAGAAGCAGUGGACGAGGGUGGCCGUGAUGGCGCUCCUGGUGCUAACGGUGAUGGCAGCUGAAGGAGGCAAAGCAGAGAAACAAGGAAAGAAGGAGCGCAAGUCGGACUGUGGGGAGUGGCAGUGGAGUGUGUGCGUAGCCAACGAAGGCGACUGUGGACUCGGCACCAGGGAGGGGACACGCACCGGCACCGACUGCAAGCAGACCAUUAAGACCCAACGCUGCAAGAUCCCCUGCAACUGGAAGAAGAAGUUUGGAGGGGAAUGCAAGUACGACUUCCAGGCUUGGGGGGAGUGCGAUCUGGCAACGGGCAAGAAGAACAGGACGGGUGUGCUGAAGCGAGCGCUCAUGGAUGCGACCUGUGCCACCACUGUCACAGCCACCAAGCCCUGUGGGAAAAUCCCCAAGACUAAGCUGCAAGAUGCAAAGAAGCAAAAGAAGGAAGGCAAGAAGCGAGAGCGCACCCAAAUGGACUGAUGAGGCUGUUUGUCCCCGGGAAGGAAGACAGAAGAGGGUGGAGAGAUGUCCACUGCCCUAUUUCAACAUGGUUCCUCUUUGUGUGUCCUGUAGGUUGACAGUAGGAGCCUGUAGAGCUUUGACAAAACCAGUGGAAAUAUGACUUUUAGUGACAAACAUGUUUUACUUUCUCUUCUCUCUAGCACCUGAUAAGGAACGACUUGUACGAUGUGGUAGGAGACGUAAUACUGAUGAAUAAUGAAUAUGAAAGACGUUUGUUUACUAGCUUUCUCACCUAAUGAUGUUGUUUCUAGGAUGAUUUUCUUCCAAACAAAUUGGAUAGGAUUUGUUUUACAGUUGCAUAGCCUAACUUUAAUUUGGAAAACUCUCUGGUCCGUGCCUCGACUUAAUGAAGCGUUUUGCGAAAAGUGAAGCUCUAAACAUCUUCACUUAAUUAAUCAGACGUGCAUUUGCAAUUUUUCCAAGUGUCUCGAGUUAAUGGUAACGCUUCCCCCGUCUCUCUGUGCUAUAUGAUAUUUUUCUUCCAUUUCCAGUUAGAGUAAACAGUUAGUUUUGUCUGGAGGCUGCAUGAAAUAGCAAACUGUACAAGUGUAAAAAAAACUGCGACUGUGUUUAGUGUGUUUUCCUGCUCGCUGCUCUGUUGUACCUCAAUUUAUACCCGCUGAUUUUUACUCUCCAGCUCUUGGCUGUACAAAAUUAAAGUCUUCCUGAUUGUAGUCCUCAGUUGGAGUUAACAUUCCCUUU